CUCAGCACCCGACACCCCUCCCUCCCAUCCUUUACAUCGACUCUUUGCCAAACAUACUGACUCUCUCGACAUACUUCUAUGAUUAUCGAGAACUGUCGCAAAGAUGAGCUCCCCACUACGUGAUAACAUGGCCUCAGCCAACCGUGGUCUUACCUCUCGGGCGAACCGCAAGCGUUCUCGCACCGCUGGCGACGAUGGCACAUCGUCCAUUGCCGCGGCAUCUAGCCCAAUGCCGUCUUCCCCGCCUGCCUUCAAUAUCGCCCAUGGCGGCGAUGAUGACGAAGACAUCGAGGAGGAUGUCGACAUCCAGGACGAUCUUGAUGAUCUUGACGAGAUGGCCGAGGACGAUGUCGAUCUCUUCCGCGAGGGCUUCGAGCGCGACUACCGCGCCAAAGAAGAUGAUACCUACGAGGGGAUUGAUAUUGAUGAUGAGGGAGAAUUCGACUCGAUGAAUUUGGGCGAAAGGAGGCGCCUCGAAGCUCAGCUUAGUCGCAGAGAUCGAGAAGUCGCACGCCGGCAGCGCAUCCCCGCAGCCUUCCUUCCCGGCGAGGAUGAUGACGGCGACAUUGAUCUUACCGCCCAGCCUCGUCGCCGCAGACAUCAUUAUGACGAGGACCCCGACGAUGAGAUGGACGCCGACAUCAUGGAUGAAGAGCUCUCGCUCGAGGCUCUGCAGGAUGUCAAGGCCUCAAGCCUGACUGAAUGGGUCUCCCAACCCGCCGUACAGCGCACCAUCAAGAGAGAGUUCAAGGCCUUCCUGACAGAGUACACCGACGACAGUGGCUCGUCCGUCUACGGAAAUCGCAUCCGAACGCUUGGCGAGAUCAACGCCGAGACUCUCGAGGUCUCGUAUGAUCAUCUUUCAACAUCAAAAGCUAUCCUCGCCUACUUCCUUGCGAAUGCCCCGGCCGAGAUGCUAAAGCUCUUCGACCAAGUUGCUAUGGAUGUUGUUCUUCUCCACUACCCCGACUAUGAGCGCAUCCACUCCGAGAUCCAUGUCCGCAUCUUCGAUCUCCCGGUCCACUACACCCUGCGCCAGCUUCGCCAGUCGCAUCUCAACUGCCUGGUGCGGGUCAGCGGUGUGGUCACACGCCGGACCGGCGUCUUCCCGCAGCUGAAGUAUGUCAAGUUUGACUGCACAAAGUGCGGUGUCACGCUUGGGCCCUUCCAGCAAGAAUCGAAUGUCGAGGUUAAGAUUACCUACUGCCAGAGCUGCCAGUCCCGUGGGCCAUUCACUCUGAACUCGGAAAAGACCGUCUAUCGAAAUUACCAGAAGCUUACUCUCCAAGAGUCUCCCGGAACUGUCCCGGCCGGUCGUCUUCCCCGGCACCGAGAGGUGAUCCUCCUCUGGGACCUCAUUGACAAGGCCAAGCCUGGCGAGGAGAUUGAGGUCACCGGUAUCUACCAAAACAACUACGAUGCCCAGCUCAACAACCGCAACGGGUUUCCCGUCUUUGCAACGAUUCUUGAAGCCAACAACGUUGUCAAGUCCCACGAUCAACUUGCUGGUUUCCGACUCACUGAAGAGGACGAGCAUGAGAUCCGCAAGCUCUCCAAGGACCCCCAGAUAGUCGACAAGAUCAUCAACUCGAUGGCCCCCAGUAUCUAUGGCCACACAGAUAUCAAGACUGCAGUUGCCCUGUCCCUGUUUGGCGGUGUUGCCAAAAAUACCAGGGGCGCUCACCACAUAAGAGGCGACAUCAAUGUGCUUCUCCUUGGUGAUCCAGGCACAGCCAAGUCCCAGGUCCUGAAGUACGUCGAGAAGACUGCACACCGCGCCGUGUUCGCCACCGGCCAAGGAGCGAGCGCAGUCGGUCUGACGGCUAGUGUCCGUCGAGACCCCUUGACUAGCGAAUGGACGCUUGAAGGCGGUGCUCUCGUGCUGGCAGACAAGGGAACCUGUCUCAUCGAUGAGUUCGACAAGAUGAACGACCAGGACCGUACAUCGAUCCACGAAGCCAUGGAGCAGCAGACCAUCUCCAUCUCCAAGGCCGGCAUCGUCACCACUCUCCAGGCGCGGUGUGGCAUCAUAGCCGCGGCCAACCCCAUCGGUGGUCGUUACAACUCCACUAUCCCCUUCUCGGCCAAUGUCGAGCUCACGGAGCCCAUCCUGUCGCGUUUCGAUAUCCUCUGCGUUGUCCGCGACACGGUGGAGCCCGAGGAGGAUGAGCGUCUGGCACGCUUCAUCGUUGGUUCCCACAGCCGCAGCCACCCGAUGAACACUAGCCAGGGUGAAGAGUCUAUGGAAGUCGAGCACGGCUCCGAGAGGGCCGAGACCCAGGCUACCGAGGGGUCUGCGCCCCGUCACGGAGAAGCCGAGAUUCCCCAGGAAUUGCUUCGCAAGUAUAUCCUGUACGCUCGCGAGCGCUGCACGCCGAAGCUCUACCACAUGGACGAGGACAAGGUGGCACGGUUGUUCGCAGAUAUGCGAAGAGAGAGUUUAGCCACGGGUGCCUACCCGAUCACGGUUCGCCAUCUCGAGGCCAUCAUCCGUAUCAGUGAGGCCUUCUGCCGCAUGCGCCUUUCUGAAUACUGCGCGACCCAGGACAUCGACCGCGCCAUCGCGGUGACGGUCGAUAGCUUCGUGGGGAGCCAAAAGGUCAGCUGCAAGAAGGCCCUGGCCCGCGCAUUUGCCAAGUACACGUUGGCAAGGCCGGGCGGGCAGCAACGGAGAGGUGGAGCAGCAGCGAGCAGGACGAGCCGUGCGGCUGCUGCUGUAAGGGCCUGAUUUCCACUGUCUGGUUGGUAGGCAGCCGUGCUGCUUUGGUAUUUUGACGGGAGUUUGUUGGCGUAGUUGGGUUUUGACCAACCACUUGCUUGUAUUGAGGGCCUAAUAAGGGGAACUGGGGACCUGGCUUGGUAUGUAGGUAGACGCUGAUAUGAUCAAAUACGAUGUAAUACAAGACUGGGACAGGCAGGUAUACCGUAUGAUGUACCUCCUUGAAUGCUCCGAAGCCGGUUGUCAGGGAUGUUCCCCGCCCCCUUGGCCGCAGCUUCCGCCUAACUCUCU